AUGCGUAUAACAUCACGUAUUACCCUGCUGGGCAUAUCAGCAAUCGCUUUGAUAGGCGUUGUAUCUGCUAAAUCAGGCUUUGGUGAAGCUUGCGAUCAAGCGAAUCAACAUCUAGAUGGGGGCUCUUAUAACUUGGUGACGGAUUGUGAUGCAACGACAUAUUGCGCAUCGAACGGAACUUGUGCAUACAAAGGAUGUAGAAAAGAUAUCUACCCAUUCGGAUAUUCGGGUGUUUCCUUUGACCAGUUACCCCCAUUAUGUCCAUCUGGUCAAUUCUGCCCUGACGAAGGAGAUCAAUGCCUGGAUCAAGUUGCUAUAGGAGACUCAUGUCAGAAAGAUCGAGAUAACGAGUGCGCCGAACCGUCCAACUACAAAGAUCUUGCUGGAUUCCUGAACACCAACGGGACUGUCUGUCUUAACUAUACAUGCUACCUUGCCGAUAUUACUUUAGGACAAACCUGCGUCACUGAUAAUACGGUGUACACAGCUUAUCUAGACGAUGGCAGCGCAUACGCCUUCAUUGUAUCUCGAGAUAAUUGUGCAAAUGGAAUGUAUUGCGAUGGAACGGCUUUACAGUGUAUAAAAAUGAAGAGACAAGGUGAAACUUGUACUGGUAAUAAAGAAUGCUUGACAUAUAAUUGCGCCGCCGACGGCAAAUGCGGUAAAGCAGCUGACGAUCCUAUACAUCCUCCUGCUUGGCAAUAUGUGUUGAUAGGCUUGGGUAUCGUCGUUUUAAUUGGCGGUGUUAUGAUCACUUUGUGGUUUACCCAUAGAUCGUCGAGAAAAGAGAACCAAAUUCGUUUGGAACAGUAUUACAACGAGCAGAUCGCAUAUCGACAAUCGAUCAUGUCAAUGUCUCAUGCCAAAAAUUCGUUGUUGUCUUUGCCUCCUAACACCUCCCCAGACGUAGCUCGAUCUUCUUUGUACCGAGAUGAUUCAGGAUGGACAACCGGCACAAACGACGCGUUACUCCCUCCCAACGUCAGAAGCGACUCGGCAUCAGGAUGGUCAGAUGGUGAUGGAGCACCCAAAGAAAGAGGAUUAACACAUACAGACAGUGAAGUCUUGUUGAUGCACACUCAAGGUGAACAUAAUAGGGAAAGUAGAUAUAUGGACGCCCCGGAACCUAGAAGAGGUGGACGUGGGUAUAGGGGUUAA